AUGAUUGAUUGGCUUAUUUCAAAUGUACAAGGAUUUCGAGAUCGAAGACAUGCACGUUCAUUUGCUUCAAAUUUAUUGGCGCAGGGAUUGAUUAAGCAUGUUGUUAAUAUAAGCUCCUUCAAUGAAAAAUGUUAUUAUGUUUUUAAUGGUUAG